GCGAUGGUUUGGAUCAGUUGGCCAUAUGAGCAAGUGGGACUAAUCCCACCACAUGAAUACAUGGGCUGAAACACUUACUGAGUUGUCAACUGUGAUAUUACAAUAGUUGUGUCUUACUGGUAAAUUUCGCUACAGGAAACCUAAUAUUGUGGUGUUUGCUGCACCCAAAAACUGAGGUUCCGCUGAUGAGCAUCCUAAUUCAUUGCUCUUUGUUGACAACACUCUGUGCACUGGAAUACAACCUUAUUAUAGUCGUACAUGAUCUUUCAUUUCAUACUAUGCUUCAUCACUAUUCUGUUUUCCCCAUGACGAAUUGCUUCUACAGAUGGCCUAAUAAGGAUUAUGAAAUUGCUUUUGCUAAGCCCAACUAUAAUAAAUCCUGGAUAUAUUCCAGCAACCAGCAUCUCACAAACUCAUCACAAUGGCCAGCUUUGCAAAGCCGCAGCAUCUGCUAGACUGCUACUACUCGUCGCCGUCAUCGUUCUCUUGCUUCCCUCCGCGGACGCCCGCCGGCGCCCGGUGCACCUACGGUUAUACAUGCACGACAUCAUCGGCGGCCCGGAGCAGACGGCCAUCCACCUCAUCCGGAACGCCGGGCCGCCGCACAAGUCCCUGAAGGGCGCGUACUUCGGCGACACGAUGGCCAUCGACGACCUCGUCACCGAUGGCCCCGGCAUCGACUCCGGCUCCGUCGGCCGGGCGCAGGGCACCUACAUGCUGUCCUCCCAGCACGAGGAGGUCCUCGUGGCCGCCGUCACCGUCGCGCUCACCGACGGGCCGUGCAGCGGCAGCACCUUCGUCAUCGCCGGCCGCGUCGGGAUCUACGACGACAAGUCGGAGCUCGCGAUCGUCGGCGGGACGGGCCAACUCCGGCGCGCCGCCGGCUACGUGCUGUGGAGGAUGGCCAAGGUGGUGUCCGAGGUGUAUAUUGUGGUGGAGCUGAUCGUGCACAUGUCUGUACCGGCGAAUGCUGCUGCUCCUAGCAAUGGGUCAUCACUUGCGAUCGAGUAGAGCUCUAGCGCAAACAUCUCAACCGCAAAUAAUGCUACAUGGAGAGAUGAGGUGAUCAUUAUUUGGAGAUGAGGUGAUUAUUUUUUUUACGCACUCUUGGCACUACGUUGGAUGGCAGAUUGGCAGCUCCUCCACUGUCCCUCCCUCUCUCGUCUUUUAUACUCUUCAGGACCAUGGAGUCCAAUACUAUUUUUCUGCUUCAAA